UAAUUAAAUAAUGGAUAUAAUUAUAUAGGGUCAUAACAAAGAUAUCAGCCUGGCGACUCGACAAGCUAGCCAGUUAUUUUCCUAAACGGUAUAGCCAGCUAAUCAGCUAUCCCUGGAGUUAGUUAGCUAGCUAGCCAAUGUUAGCCACAUUAAAUCGGUGUUUGUCGCCGGCUAGCAAAUACUUUCGCUAGUUAUCGAUGGUUUAUUAGCUAUAACUGUGAACCGAAAGCUACUUGUGUUAGCUGCAUACAACAACGUUUGCUAGGUAGUCUGGUUGUAGAUAGUUAAUAGUCGCACAGAGUUUUCAACAGUCGAUAUUUGCUAAUUAGUUAUGGGUAGAACUAUUACUAGCAAUAUAAACAGUAUACCCAUGACAUUAGCCACGUACCUCUCGCUUUCACAUACGAACAGGUUGACUUGUUUCUGUGGCUUUAUGAGAAAUUUCUGACGUCCCGGGCUCGAAAUGGACUCCAGUUUCGCAGCGUGCUCGGAACCCCCAUCACGCAAUUCAGUUAUCCUGGCGCGCCCCCGAGCGAGGUCACACGCCCAAGCAGCAAGAAAAAAUGCCAGCAUCUACAUGCAGUCGAGAAAAAUUGGACAUUUUUCCAACGAUGCCGGAACAUUGCUCAGAAAAAAUAUGAAUCUGCUUCGGCAAAUUGUUCUUCAGGACACCACUGAAUUCAUAAAAGUCUGGACAAGGCAGUCAAAGUCCCCGAUCGCAUACGAGUGUGGGAGAAUUUACUUGGAAAAUUACCGGUGCUGCUACAGUAGUAUCCCUUCAAAGCCACAACACCUUUAUGAAUUACCAAAAUGCACUAAGGCAGAGAAGUUGGAAGAUGCAUUACUGUGCCAGUGCUCCCUUGGCAAAACACUGCCUAAGCCCUCUGACCAGAAACCAUGUCUCCUGGCACUUUCUGCCAAUAACUGGUUAUAUCGCUUCUCAACAGAGACAGGAGAGCAGCUGCAGAGAGUAUACCUCUCUCCACAUCACAAGUUCAGAUACCUUGGGUGGGAUGUCCCUCAGGAAAUGUUCUACGUCAAAUCUGUCCAGAAUAAGCAGAUCCCCAUGGCAAGACAGACAGGCCUUGAACAGACUACUCUGAUGUACCUGGCUGUGUUUAAAGUUGCACCCCUGGAACUCGUGGGCGUUCUGGAAGUCGACAAAAGGGUGUUUGGGACCACUGUUGUGGACGUGAUUCUUACUCAAGGGGUGCUGGCAGUUUCCCACAGUUCUAAGGUGGUGAGGCUAUACAGUUUCGAAAACAUUGUACAGAAGUACAAGACAAAGGAGUUGGUGCUUGGAGAGCAGUGUGAGUGGAACGGGGUCAGGGGAACAGUGGGAGAACCCCCCUUUGGCAUACCUGUGAACAUACACAUUAACGGCUGCCCCCCUGUGCUGUUUGAGGUGUCCUGCUUUAAUAAUGGCAUUCAGAUCGGCGGCCACCCAUGGCAUUACAUCUUCACCCCAAACAACAAGAAACACCAAGGAACCCAUCACAUCUGCUCCCUCCGGGAUGAUUCCCUGGCUAAAAAUGGAAUCCAGGACAUGAAGUGCUGCUCACUUGAAUCGGACUGGAUCUACUUCCAUCCGGAUGAUUCCGGAAGAAUUAUCCAUGUUGGACCAAGUACAAUCAAUGUGCUGAAAAUCCUGAGCUCACAGGAGCCCCCUCUGCAGUCUGAGGUCGUUCCAGAAUUUUCUAUCAUGGCUCAUCGAGACAAUAAUGCUGUUCCCCUGGUUAGCGUCACCUCCUCGGGCAGAAUCGUCAAGAGGAGAUUUCAACAACUGGACGAUGACCCAGAGCAGGAGACAUUCAGGCUGGUGGAAUACGAAGACGAGCUUGACCUCCUUGCAGUUGUGGAAGUGACCCACAGAGAGGAUGAAGGGAAGGCUCAUGUUGGUCUCCAUGACAACCAGACUGGGAAGUUAAUGAAGAGGCUUCCCCUGAUGGAAUCCUGGGAUGUGACUUACAGUCACGAGUUGUUCUUUGACCGAGACACAAUUGUUCACAUUGAGCAGGGGAGGAAUAAUCAGUUCUUUUGCCAUGUCUACAAAGUCGCCUGUAGACAGCCCGACUGAAAGCACCUGUGAAAGAGGAAACAGGACUUGACAUCUGGUGCACUGACCAGUGGCAACAUUGAACCGAGGGCUGGGUUAACUUUUUAAAUGUUAGAUUUGUAUACGGUAUUAUUUUUCUACUCUUGAAACCUGAAAUACCUUUUUUAUAUAAAUUUGGUGCUUGUUCUCUUGGCCUGUUCUAAUUAUUUCUGCAUUUAAAGCAUUCUUCUAUUUAAA